AUGUCUCCACCGACUUUCUUCCCCCGCUUCUCCAACCUCCCGUUUGAGCUCCGCGAGCCGAUCUGGCUAUUUUCUCUGGACGAGCUUGCCAUGGCCCCGGGUCGCCACGGGGCCGAUUACCGGCAGCGGAUCUCCCACUUGGGGGUCAAUCGGGAGGUGCGUGCGGCGGCGAGCAAAUGGGUGGAAAAGCAAAAGACGCAGUGGGUGGCGGUGCAUCAGAGCUGUGAGGACCCGCAGCGGUGCGCGACUUGGUUCGACUGGAAUCGGAAGGUGCUUUCGCAGCCGCGCCUCUUGUUCCGCGAGUCCCCUUCAGCAGACGAGUUCUUCCUGUCCCAGGCGGAGUAUGAGCGCUGUUGCGACGUGCUGGGCCGUAGUAGUAGUACCAGCCCUGAAGAAGGGCAGCACAGGCCGGGGGUCGGUUGGAAGGUUGGCCAAUUGUGGUUGCGUGAACCAAUCUGCAAGUACCAAAACCGCCGUGCGCACUCGGUGAAGCUGGCCGUGCCACUGGCACUGCUGCGGCGGAACCCGGAUGCCCUGCGUAACAUAAUUCUGUGGGCCAGCAAUGAGGAGGUCCGGGGCUUUACCCGCUAUUUCAUCAUGUUCAAGGUGACCGUGAAUGAGCUGCCGCACCAUGGGGAAUGCAUGACGGUGCAGGAGGGGUGGAAGCUGGUUUUGAAGUGGCCGAUCUGGACCCGUGUAACUGAGGAUGAGGAUCAGUCGCUGCGAUGGAAGGAUCUGUGUGGUCAUUCUAGGAGACCAGGGGAGCUGAUCGGUGCUGAGGCUUGGAGCGUGAUUGAGCACGCGAUGUCCCGGCUGGACCCCGGGCAGGAUUACCGGAUAGUUUUGAUUAGACCUAUGCGUGCUGUGCGGCAUGGCGAAUCUGUCGAACUGCCUACGCGCGCUGUAUAG